AUGAGAAUACAUAUUAUAUUAUUUAUUGUUAUUUCUAUAAAUAUUUUUUCUCUUGGAUCAUCGUUUGUUCCAAAUGAAAAUGAUCUUUGGAAUUCAUUUGUAAAUUGGCAAGAUGCCUAUGGAAUUGCAUAUUCAGAUGAAGAAAUUCAAUCGAAAUUUGCCAAUUAUAAGGAAACGCUUUUUGGUUUAGCGCAGAUAUUAGUAACAAAUGAUCAAGUCGAUAUACUCUUAGAAUAUCCCAACAUCACUGAAUCAAGAAUAGAGAGUAGUAAUCUAGGAAUUGACUCUGUGUUAGAGGUUGAACCAAUUGUAUCAUAUCCAAAUUCAGAUUCUGUUCAAUAUUCUAUGAAUGAGUUUAGUGAUAUGUCAAAUGCAGAGUAUCAACAAUUCUAUAAUGGUGGUGCUGAUCCUUCUUUGGCCGUUGAAAAUGCAUUAGCAGUUGGUGGUGGACUUACCGCUGGUGUUAUCGCUGCUAUUUCCGCUGCAGGUGUUGUAAUUGUUGGAGGAGCUAUCGCAGGUACUGUAGUAGCUUACAAGAAAUUCCGACAUGAAGAAGAAGAGGAGGCCCCAGUAGAAGUCGAGAUGAGUAAACCAAAAGACAAGAGAAAGUCAUUCAUUGACAUUUUCAAUCUAAAGGCUAAUAGACACAAAUCGAUUACUGCUAGAGCUGCACCUAUACCCCUAGAUAAUUAA